UUGUUGUGUGUAACUUGCGAUAUAUAAUUGUGCACACUAAUAGAACAUAAUCGGUUCGACUGCGCGCAAUUUAAACUUAAAAUAUAUUAAUUAUUUACCAAAAACUAAGAAAAAAAAAAAACGCUUAUAUUACAAACACAAAUAUAUAGGUGUAUGUAUUAAAAUUUGCUUUGCAAUUUAAUCGAAUUGUCUGCGCAUUGUGACCGCAAAUAUGGAGCGCACCGCUUAUGAUGUACAACGGGACUUUGCGAUGAGCAGCGGCAUACGUUCAGAAAUAAUUUGGGACUCGUUGGCGCCUGAGCAAGCAGACGUAUUCCAACAGAAGCUGAACAAUCUGAUCCAUGAUGAAGGUCAAACACCCAAGGAGCUGGCUAGGCAACGCAAGCAGCUCUUUGAUAAUGUGUGGAAGCAGCGAAUCUACACAAAUCGCACUUUGCUAUCAGCUAUUAUCUAUGUGCUGGUCACCAAAGAAUCGGAUCCCGCCUUGGCAUUGCAAUCCACUAACUUCAGCUGCCAUCCAGUCAUUCGGACGCGCAAGUGCGUGCAAGCGGAUGGCAGUAACAGUGACGGCUGUUGCAUGAUCUUCAUCGAUGAAGCCGGACGUGUCUACGCAAAUUGGCAGAAAUUUGUACACAAUAAUGGGCUGCCCAAGGGCACCAUGAUUGCACCAAAGCAAGGUAUCUACACGUUCAGCGCGGACGACGAAAACGAAACGGUUCAAUUAAUGAUUCAAUCAACACCUGCUUCCUGGCUAAAGCAGAAGGUUUUGAAUGUCAGCGAUAAGCUAUUCACAAUUGGAGGCAUCAUUGGCACAGUGCCCAUUGCAGCUUCAAUGGCAUGUCCUGUUGCUGCUCCCAUAAUUAUGGCAGCCACUGUUGUUGGUUAUUCAUCGGCUGCGUAUAGCACAGUGCGUUCGGCCACACGUCUCAUUGAUCGCCGCUGGCAUGGCCAGACCACAUCUUUGGCCGACAGUGAAGCGCGUAGCAGUUGGCUGGGCGUGGCUGGAGGCGUUGCUGGAAUGGGGGCAACAGGCGCAACCAAAGCAGCUAGUAUCAUACACAAAAAUACGGCCACCACUGCCCGACUGGCUGUUAAGGGCAUUAAUAUAUCAUCCGUUGUCAUCUCCGGCACGGGUGUUCUCAAUGGCGUCUAUGAUCUCUAUUUAAAGAUUAGCGAUAAGCAGAAACUCAAUAGCAAAGAUAUUAUGCAACUAGCCUCUAGCCUGUUAAUCUUUACGCACUCCAUAAACAAUAUGCGAAUCAUCUCCAAGGGCACUGAUGGAUAUAGCUUGCGACGUGCCCUUAGCACGCAAAGUCGCAAAGUAUUUGAUCGCAUUUCCCAGGAAUCAAUUAAACUGCACAACGGUCAAACCGGUGGCAAGUUCGACAUUGUUCGCAUCAUCAAUGAUAUACCCUACAAGGAGGCUUUACUUAGCCUCCACCAAAUCCAUUCGCAUUUAUCGAAUGGCUCCACAGUGAUCGGCGCUAUGGCUGCUGCUGAUGUCCUGCCACAAUUUGUUCGCUUAAAUGCGGGCGGUCAGUUUCGUGUGGAUAUAGAUCAGCUGACCAGGCAGCUGGGUGGCAAGUUUGUUCAACACAUUGGCAAUCUUGGCAGCUUCAGCGAUGUUCUCAGCGGUCUCUUGCGUUACUUCAGCGAUCAGGCCUCCCAACUAUUGUUGCAGCUCACUCGCAACUUUAUCGAGGAACAUGUGGAUAGCAUCGAUCGCAGCUUGAAUACGUUUGUUUCCACCGAGCUGGUGCUCUACCGCAUGCUGAACCACUGCAUAAAAAACUACGAGAGCUGCGCCGUCGAAUUUCUCGAGCGCCGCCGUUUCGAGAUUGUUGAUAUGAUUGCCAAAUACUUUCAAUCGCUGUUGCCACAGCCUCAACAAAAUUGCAGACGGCACAAGUGUCCCGUAUGCCACGGCGUCUACUACAUGUGCUCCCUAUAGAUUGGGCUAUUUUAUUAUAUAUAUACUUAGUAUACUUA